UUCACCGUUGAAAUCACCGAGUGAUCAGAAGCGGGCGCAGCACACCUGCUCGCCAUAUUCUAACAACCUCCGCCGCGUGUUGCGCCUUCUUCGAUGUGCGUCUGCCAGAAGUGAAAGAAUACUCUCGCGAUCCUCUCUUCGCCAAACAGUGCGUGUUCGUGUGUGUUUGCUGUGACAUUUGCGUGUGCCGUAACAACAGUUUCGCUCGCUUUACGACGCUAGCUCCAGAACAGUGCACGUGGUCAUGGCGUCGCUAAAGUUUGAUGACAACAACGUGCCCUAUCUCGACCUCGGCGACGGCUAUCGGAUCGCCCUCGAAGGGGACGAGUACAGCGACGCGAAGGCGAAGGAAAAGGCCGCCCGGGAGCUGCGCGAAACGCCGGACGUGGUGGAGCAGUCGCUGCAGGAGUUGCGCUCCCUGCUGCAAGAGGAAAAGACUCUCUACGUCCCGAUGGAUAAUGAUGCGUUCAUGAUUAAGUUUUUGCGACCGUGCAAAUACUACGCACAAAGUGCAUUCGAGCUGAUUAAACGCUACUAUCGCUUCCGCAGCAAACACCCGGACCUGUGCGACGAGCUAUACCCGGCCUCGGUCAAGCAUGUGUACGCGGAAGGGUUGGUCCACUUUCUGCCCCUGCGCGAUCAGCACGGUUCCCGCAUUUUGGUGCUCGAGUGUGGCAAGAAAUGGAAACCGUCCAAGGUGUCCCUGACCGAUCUGUUCCGCGCGGUCCAGCUCGCCCUGGAGGCGGGUAUGUAUGAGCCGCGCACCCAGCUGAACGGUGCCGUCGUCAUCCUGGACAUGGAGGGACUGGCACUGUCCCAGAUCAUGCAGUUUACGCCCAAGUUUGCGGCGAUGGCACUCGACUGGAUACAGCAGUGUACCGCGAUGCGCCUCAAGUCCGUCCACAUCGUGAACAACUCGUAUCUGUUCAAUAUGCUGUUUGCCAUCUUCAAGCCAUUCCUUUCGGAGAAGCUACGCAAGCGGUUAUUCUUCCACCAGAAGGACUGGAACUCGCUGAUGUCGCACGUCGAGGCAAAGUGCUUGCGCCCCAAGUACGGCGGCACACUCGAGUGUCUCGAAACGGACGGUAUGCUGCUCGGGGAGAUGUUUGAGCUCUAUCACAAAGAAUAUGAACUUGCCAACUCUUUCGGUUACCUUAAGAAACAGGAUUAAUGUGAACGUAUACCCGAAGUUAUUUCUUGAAAACGACUAGCAAGUAAACACUAGCAAUUAAGCACAAAAAAGAGCACUCAGAUUGUGAUAUCAAGCGAUCGCAUGACAAUCCGGUACUUUGCGAUUGGACCACGUCCAGUGCGACCCACUUUUGAAGGAGGGAAUGUAAAUGUAAUAGUUUGUUGGGAGGGUUUUAUCUUUUGUAUUUUUUUUUCUUGUAAACGUAGUACGACGGUUAGGAGUGGAGUGGACCAAGCGCCAUUUUAAUAGCAGUGCAAUAUUCUAAGUCAAUGAUUAAAUGCCAAUAAAAGGACUGUUGAAAGGUGGA